AUGGCCUUUUACGACUCUUCUUCUGAUCAAGACGUCGGUUUUCCGAUAAUUCUCGAACCUGAUGAUGAUUCACUCUUCGAAAUGCGAUUAGACGAUACGAGGUUAAAUAACGAUACAAUGAAGGAAGUGCAUCAUGUCAAAGAAGUCAAGAAAGUCAACGAAGUUGCAAAAAAUGCCAUGGUACCAAAACAUCCAAUAAGUUCCAUGCAAGGUGCUUUUGCAGAGUCGAUGCAAGAGGCUAGCGACACAGCUCGAACAGCACCCAAAAUCGGCGACGCGGCGACCCGACGAAAGAUCUUAAUUGAACAAGAUGUUUCCGAAGAUACACAUGCUUUGCGAUGGCAGAGGCAACCAGGUCAAAAAUAUCAUGAGUUGUGGAAAUUGAUGGCUCAGAUAUCCUUUGGAAUAUAUCUACUCCUCAAUGGAAUCGCCCGAGAUGAAGAACAGGUCAUGUCAAUAUUACAGGGACAUGUGAAUGAGGUAGAUGGGUUUUUAGAGAUGACGCUGGAGGAUUUCGACCUGGCACAAAGUGAUAUCGAGGAGAGAUUAAAGCAUCUGAAACUUCCCUUACAAAAUCUCGCCAUUUUCGAUUCUAUGUUGGCAGAUCGAGCUUUUAGGUCCCAAAUUGUCAGUGGCAAUGAACGUAUCGAGCACGUUAUCGUACGUACCGCGGCAGCUAUGAAGGAUACUAUUCUCGAUGCGCAGCAAGGAAUGGAUGCUUGUAGGGAAUUCACAAAAUAUUUGGCAGGGCAGAAAGACAACCGGUCAUGGCAAAAACGACGACCCAACAUGGAGAGAGUCUUUGAUGCAAUGUGUGGAAAUGUAGAAGGUUGGCAUAAGGCUUUUGUCUCGUUACAAACCAAAGGUGAUCAUCUAGGGGUUUCUCUCGGCCAAUUGGGAAGUAUCGUGGCGGAAAUGGAUCGCAGAGCCGGCAGGAUAAGUCGGGAGUCAAGAUUCAGUAAUUUGUCUCCUACACAAGCACCGGCUGCUCCAGUAUCUCGCAAUCUUCGAGCUUCCAUGAUAAAAGAGCUGCCCAGCGAUCCGAAUCCUACAACUUCAGCAAUUCCAACUAUAUUACCAGCAAUUGCCUUGGUGCAAGACCGGGAACAAACUCCAGAGCCAGAGUCGGAACCGGAGUCGGAACCAGAACAAGAGCCAGAACCUGAGAGUGAAUCCGAACCUGAACCAAAACCUGAACUAUUAUAUACUCUCAAACCUAUCACAUAUUCACCUCUUCUUCUUCCAACAACAUAUUCUCCAAUUCUUGCUCCAACGAUCUACUCCCCAGUCCCUCCCGCAACGACACCAAUCGUUACUACGACCACACCAGUCCUUCCCGCCACCACUUAUUCCCCGCUUCUCCCAACAACGACUUAUUCUCCGAUGCUUCCUCCAACAACUUAUUCCCCAUUACUUUUGCCGACUACCUAUUCCCCAAAUCCAUCCCCCAAACCUUCACCGAAGCCCUCGCCCAAGCCUUCGAUCAACACCUCGCCCAAAACUUCUCCGGAAACUUCUCCGAGAAAAGAAGUUCAAAAAGAAUUUGUCCUCCAAUCCGCCCCGGAAGGCAAGAGAAAACCAUCUCUUCGAAAGCGCUUUUCUUUCAAGAAUAAGGAAACCGAAAUCGAUACCGAUACUUUGAAACCCCCUCCAAAAUUACUCUCCGCCCCACGAAUUACUUCGGUUGCGGAAUCAGUGGUAGAUCCAUAUCUAUAUUUAAAGCCAAAUACGGUGGUUCGUCCCCGUGAACGAUCGGAGCAGCGUCGUAUUGAGCCUUUGGAUCUAUCAGCUGAUAGAGAGGAGCGUCAAAGAGAAAAACAACUUAGAGAGGAGCGCAGCCGAGAACGUAUCAGGGAAGAGCGUCGUAGGGAAGAACGUAGAGAAGAACGUAGCAGGGAGUCAAACAGAGAGGAGCGAAGACACAGAAGUGAGAAGAGCAGAGAUCGUGACAAUGAAAACCGCAAAAGAGAAGAGCGUAAAGGGUCAGGACCUUUAAGCAUUCCUAGACACCCGGAACUAGCAAAAGAUACACCUCCAUCUCGUGGAGUUGAUUCAGCAUACUGUUCCGAGUCGGAUCCUCCAAUUGCGAUUCGUUCGAUACAAGAACACCUCCCAUCACCAGCAUUUCAAUCUCCUUCUUCGGCAACCUCAGCGCCGGUGUUUACAAGUCGCGAACGUGAGAUCCCGCCACCCAUUUUAACAAGAGAUUUCAUCCCAUCCCCUCACUCUGAAAAACAAUUCUUUCGUCCCGUCAACGCAUCUCCACAUUCACCAUUGCAAAGACCAUGGACUGCAGCCCCGAUGCAUCAUCACGAGCGCGUACCAAGUGGGCUAUCGAGAUCGAUGGCACCGAGUCGUAUGGGAAUGAGUGUGAUGAGCGAUAUGACUACCGUCACAAUGGAAGAUGGAAAGAAAGUUAAGAAGAAGAGAAGUGCAUUUGGAUGGCUGAAGAAAGCAUUCAGUCUAAGCGAAGAAGAGAGAGCAGAAUACGAAGAAAGGAAAAGGAGACAAGAGCCUGAUCCUUAUUAUGAACAAAGACCCCCAAGACAAUUUUUAGAUGGAAAAAGGUUACCACAACCUCAAGGGAUUAGAUAG